AGAGAGAGAGAGAGGAAAGGUGUGAAGGACGAUCGCUUCAUAUAUAUGUGCUUUUUAGCUCAUUUUCCACGAUCCUUGGGAAUUUUUGACAUUCUCCUCGGAAUUUGCUGUUAUUGAGCUCAAUAAUUCCUCAAUUGAAGGGGAUAAAAGACCGCAGUGGAAAUAUUGGGGUAAUGGCAAACAGAAUGAAGGAAGAUGAAAAGAAUGAGAAGAUUAUUCGGGGUCUUCUAAAGCUCCCUGCGAAUCGAAGAUGUAUAAAUUGCAACAGCCUGGGCCCGCAAUAUGUGUGUACCAAUUUCUGGACAUUUGUUUGCACCGCAUGUAGUGGAAUACAUCGAGAGUUCACUCACCGUGUGAAAUCAGUUUCCAUGGCCAAGUUUACCUCCCAAGAAGUUACCGCACUUCAAGGAGGGGGGAAUGAGCGUGCAAAGGAGUUCUAUUUCAAAGAAUGGGAUGCACAUCGUCAUACACUUCCUGAUAGCAGUAAUGUUGAGAGGCUCAGAGACUUCAUUAGGCAUGCUUAUGUGGAAAGAAGAUAUACUGGGGAACGGGGCACCGAUAAGCCUCCAAAGGGUAGAAUGAACGACCAGGAGGAUGCCUAUGAAAAUAGAAGAACUGAUACGUAUCGUGGGAGUUCUCGUAGUCCCCCAUAUGAGGACACAUACGACCGACGUCAUAAUGAUCGACCUGCUCCUCGGAAGGCUGAUCAAGAGAGAGGAUAUGACGACCGUUAUUCUAGAUAUGAUGAUAAAAGAAGUCCUGGUCGAUAUGAAUAUGAUCGGCCUUAUCAGGAAAAUCAACGGUAUGGAGAUUCCUACAGGAGAAGUCCUGCACGAUUUGAGGUCGUAGAUGAUAGGCGCCGAGAAGAUAGAUCUGCAAAUGGAAAUCAGAACAGAAGCGAUGAUGUGCAAUUCAAGCCUGAAGAGAGGUCACCCAACUCUCAAAAGAGUUCGGAUGUCGCUAGUCCACCAGCAGUUCGACCUGUUAGGGAUAUUUUGGGGGAUGAUGUUCCACCUUUACGGGUUGGUGAUCCCCCAAGACCAAGUGGUAGCAGGGGUCUAGAUCCCCCUCCUCAGACACAGAGGACUGCAUCUUCAAGCAGCAUGGGAUCCACUGAUGGGAACCCACCAGAACUGAAAAGGCAAAACUCGGGAAGUCUGAUCGAUUUCAGUGCAGUCCCUGAACCUCCUCCUGCUACUCCAAUACAGCAGGACCCAUUUGCCUCCCCACCAGUUCCUCAAUCCUCAACCACUCCAGUUGUUGAUGGAAAUGACUGGGCUUCUUUUGAUUUUAGUUCUCAGGAAAAGGUGGCUGCCGCACCUUCUACUGCACCAGCUGCUCCAGCUUCCGCAAUUUCGCAGUUACUAACCCCUACCACUGGACCAGUAGGCAGUGUCUCUAUGCCAUCCAUGGGUGGACUUGAAUCAUUGGCAAGUAAUGGGCAAUGGCACUUUGCACAGCAGCAGCAACCUCAACAACAAGCACCUUCUUUCUUUCCAAUUGUACAACAGCAGCAACCUCAGCAACAACAACCUUCUCUCUUUCCACUUGCACAGCAACAACAAUCUCAGCAGCAACAACCUUCUCUAUAUCCACCUACGCAGCAACAGCAGCCUCAGCAACAACCACCUUCUCUCUAUCCAUUUGCCCAAAGACAACAGCCUCAACAACAACAAGCUUCUCUCUUUCCAUCUAUACAACAACAGCAACCUCAGCAACAACAAACUUUUCUCUUUCCAGGUGCUGAUAAUCUCUCUACAACUCAACAGCUUAACCAGCCGGUUAGUGGUGCUGCAAACAGUCAGCCAUGGAACGCAUUGCCUGGACCAAGCACGCAAGCAUCUUUAACUGCACAGCCAGGACAACCAUCUCAAGUUGCACCCAAACAACCUCAAGAAACCUCACGGAAAGAUGAAUCACAACCUCCCCCACCAGAACCUAAACCAACGGGAAGGCAUGCACUUCCUGAGGAUCUCUUUGCUGCUUUCUAUUCACCAGCUCCUGUUCAUCUCCCAGCUUGGCAAGCUGGUCCACAACUUGGCAUAGGUGCUGUUCCCAUGCAAUUUCCCAAUGCAGGGGCUGCACCAAUUUUCCCAGGGCAAUCAUCGAAGUCCACCAACCCAUUUGAUCUCGACCCUGCCCCAGUUCAGAGUAGCCCUACGUUCCCAUCUUUGGUUCCACUGCAAGCAUCUCUACCAAACUUGAUUGCUGGUCAAGCCCUAAUGCGUAGUUCAAGUUUUGGUGCUCCUGUUCAACAAUGGAGAGCUCCUCAAGUUUCCACAUAUCCCAUGGCAAUGCCCCCAGGUGCUUAUAUGGCUCAACAAAUGUCAACCAGCGUGCCAUCUCUUAGUCAACCAGGACUCCCUCGGUAUGGUAGCGAGGCCUCUGCUCUAAACUCAUACGGGUCCCUCCAACACCCAGUUGCCGGUGCCCCCAAUCUUUCUUCUCAAAACUCUUUCUCUUCAUCUGGAGGAAACCCUUUUGGCUAGAAACUAGAAAGUUUUAGCCUCUCUCAAACUACACUCAAUGGGUGGAGUCUCGCCGGUUUCAUGCUUCUCUUCAGUUUUCCAGCGAAUUAAUUGCUGGAAUUUCGGGGUGCCAAUGUAAGUGUAUCUUUUCUGGCUGCCAUUUCCAGCAGCCUUGUAAGAUCAGUGUGGGGGAAGGGUGUAUUAUGUGAGUUCUGUCUUUGAGAAGGCAAAGAGUUUGUGACCAAUGUGGUGUUGUGCUCUUUGAUCACUUGUGGUUGUAUAAUCUUGCAUUGAUUUGUGUAUGGCUUUCUAUGAGGUUUCCAAGGUCCUUUUGUUUCUCUUUCUUUCCUUUGUAUUUUUUUUUUUCCCAUCUUCAGUUGGUCGUCCCUGGUGGGGGGCCGCGCGGGAGGCUGGGCCAUUAGUUUGAUGGUUCUCUCACUCUCCCAUCGGUUGGUUGAUAAUGUAAUUGGCAUUUCUGUGUUGUAUAAUUACAUGUUUUGAUGGAAUGGGCUAAUAAGACCAUAUUGAAGAAGUUA